ACGGGCGCCCCCGGCUGCCCGCGCGGGCCCCCGCGCUGCCCCACGCCGCGCCGCGCCGGCGCCGGGCGGCAGGAUGGGCUGUAUCCAAAGCAUCACCUGCAAGGCGCGGAUCCGGCGCGAGAACAUCGUGGUGUACGAUGUGUGCGCCACCAUCGACCAGUGCCCCACGCGCAUCGAGGAGACCUCGCCCAUCGUCCUGCGCUACAAGACCCCCUACUUCAAAGCCUCGGCCCGCGUGGUCAUGCCCCCCAUCCCCCGCCACGAGACCUGGGUGGUGGGCUGGAUCCAGGCGUGCAACCAGAUGGAGUUCUUCAACACCUACAGCGACCUGGGCAUGUCAAGCUGGGAACUACCUGACUUGAGGGAAGGGAGAGUAAAAGCCAUCAGUGACUCAGAUGGGGUGAGCUACCCUUGGUACGGGAACACCACAGAAACUGUGACCCUGGUUGGUCCCACCAACAAGAUCUCCAGGUUCUCCGUCAGCAUGAAUGACAACUUCUACCCAAGUGUGACGUGGGCAGUGCCAGUGAGUGACAGCAAUGUGCCACUGCUCACAAGGAUCAAGAGGGACCAAAGUUUCACUACCUGGCUGGUGGCCAUGAACACCACCACGAAGGAGAAGAUCAUUCUGCAGACCAUCAAGUGGAGGAUGAGGGUGGACAUUGAGGUGGACCCUCUUCAGCUCUUGGGGCAACGGGCCCGGCUAGUGGGCAGGACUCAGCAGGAGCAGCCCCGGAUCCUGAGCCGGAUGGAGCCCAUCCCCCCUAAUGCACUAGUGAAACCCAAUGCCAACGAUGCCCAGGUCCUCAUGUGGAGACCCAAACGAGGGCCACCUCUGGUUGUGAUCCCUCCUAAGUAGAAGCAGACUGGCCUGACUGUGUGUGGAGCACAUGACGCUGAGACACGCAGUGAGGCUGCCAGGGUGGCAGGAGCCAAACUGAGUUUUCUGAGCCAAAGCAGACCUCUCGGUUUGCCAGCCUUUGCAGCCACUUGUGAAGAGUAGGGCUGCUUCUUGGGUGGUAGAACCAUAAUCCUUAGGAAAAUUCCCUUCCUUUUAGGAAUAAAGAAAUCGCUGAUUUGACAGACUUGCUGUGAUUACCAUGCAAGUAGCCAUAUUUUGGAGCUGACCAGGAUGAUUCUUUUACCUGAACUAUUGACCAUUGCUUUCCUGCGAGAUGCAGGGGAUGGAAACAAAAUUAAACAGUGCCUGUGGCAAAUGCUGCUUCCCAACCAAUUAGAAGUGGGAGUGAAAACAUCCACACCAGGUGUUUGUAAGACAGACAGUCCCACUGUCUGACUGGAGGGUGCUGGGGAUGGGGGUGGAAUGAAAGUCAGGUGGCGAAGAGAAUGGGGAGAGAAAGAAAUAAGUUGUUAUUACAAAUUAAUACCUGUGAAUUUAUUGGUAGGCCAUCAGCUCUUCAACAUACUCAGUGGAAUGAAAGGCACACUUAAAAAAAAAAAAAAAAAACGAGAGCUAGAGUGAUAUGGGCUCCCUUCUGGAGAGCCUCCUUGGAACUGUCCAAGGUCCUGAUGUGCACAGACAGAUGGAGACUCUCAAUGGUUCCAUCUACCCACUUCUUUCCAAAAUCUGAUCGUUCAGAGUAUUCCUUAAUCACAAUAUUUGGAUAGAUAGUUCCUGUAUUCUACAGUAGCUAUGAUAUUUGGGGCCUUUGCCAUGUUUUUAGUGAAACCUUAAUUGCAAUUUUGUUUACAGCUGCCUAUUCUGUUCCCCGUUUCCAGCCCUAAAUUUACAAAAAGAUCAUUGUUUCUAAACCAUGGAAUCCAUGUAGAAUUUCAAGAACAUUUUAACAAAUAAGAAUACUAUUUUCAUUCCUUUUGUUUUUUUUUUCUUUUUAGUUUCUGAAUGAUGUGAACAUACAGAAUGCACAUAUGUAUACACAUGCACGCAUUCAAACAUACACGUCAGGAUGGAGACAGCAUAACUAACACAUUUGCCAGCAGUGCCUACCUAUAUACUUGUAGCCCAGUACAUACGCUUUUUAUCUAUAUAUGUUUAUUUUAGCUCAAUUUCACAGAAGCUCAACUUUAACUGCAUGAGCAUUUGUGAGAAAGUGCUUCAUAAUGCUUAACUUCAGAGCUCUUUAAUGAAAAUAUGAGCUGCUCACAUUAAGCAAGACUCUAUGGCUGAGAUCCAACCAUCAAGGAUGAGAGACCAUAUUUCCUUUAGCUAGGCCAAUCUCAAACAUUUUAAAGAGUUUCUAGUCUUUACAGUAAGAAUUUUUCCAGCUCUUCUAGCUUCCAUCACCCAAAUCCCCCAAGCAAAAUAAUUAUAAAACUGCCACAGUGUCAUUGUGGAUUUUAUGGAUGGAUACAGGCAGCCUAAUUUCAGAGGUGAAAGAGUUGAGGGUCAGAGUAAUUAUUACAGUCCUAUGGUUGGCUCCAAUGAGAUCUUCUCCCAGGGUCUAGGAAUGGAGAAGGAAAAGCAAGAGGACUUUUUAAAUUAUUUUUAUUAAAAAUGCAAUUAAGUCUAAUUUCUUUCAGGUUCUAGUCUCAGGGGAUGGUGCUUAUUUACAAGAGAGGGUUAACAGAUCCACUUGAAAUCAUGUAGUGUUAACCUCACACCCCAACCACCAGCUACUGUCUUAUAGAUUAGUUAUUGAUGGCAAGCUGAGCUAUUUAUAACAGCACAUUAAUGACACAUCAGUGACUCACAGGAGACCUGGAGACAUUCCAUUUAAAAAUAAUUCAGCUGUUAUGUCUGUCCUUCCCAUGCUUCCUUGUUUUUUAAGGGAGCUCCAAAGAACACCAUGGCUGAAAUAAAGCUGCUUAUUUUUCACUCUGAUGUUCAAAACAACUUUUCCCUCUAAAUGAAUUAGAUGUCAACCUUAUGGGAUGCUAAGACACUGAUCCUAGAAUCUAACCCACAUGGCCCUAUCCUAAGAAAACCUAAUAUUUAAAAAAACCAACAUUGUACCAAACAGCUGGUAAAAAUGAUCACUUAAUUACAAGAUCCUAUACAAAGUUUCUGUUUUUAAAUUCCCCUUGCCCAUCCAUUAAAACAAGAUGACUUCCACAAUCAGGUUUACAUAUAAUGUAACUUUUUCAAGGGCAUAGCUGUAUAAAGCCAAGGGUAGCAUACUUAACUAGACUUGCUCUUGCUGAAAAUUCACACUUUUCAGAGUUUGAAAAGAAAUGACCUGGCCAGUUUUCUGGAAAAUUAUGUAAUACCAAAAUGAGAAAAAUAGAGGGGAAAGUGCUUAUAAAAUUUAAAAGCCCUUGGGCAAAUGUACAUUAUGAUUAUUGUUGGUGAUACCAUUGCAAGCUCUGCAGUUGGGUCUCUUGGUUCUGGAAUGAGCCUGGCAGAAUGCUCCAUUGCCCUGCAGCCAAUUAUUUUAAAGUUAUAGUGGUUUUACAAGGAAACAAUCCCUUCUCUUUCUCUGAUCCUUAGAUCAUUACCUUUCAGCUUAGUCAGGAUAUUGUCAAAUGAAAGGCUCUCCAACAAGAGAGAAUUCACCUUGAAAUCUCUACUGGGGUCACAUCUUCCCACCCGGCUUUUCUUCCCCUGAGACUCCCUGGGUCUGAUACCAGAUGCUGUCAGUUUAGAGAAGUUCACUCAGUGCUUUGAUCAGGUUUUAGUCGGGAGGUGUCAGGACUAUACUUGGAUUCCGAACACACACAUACGCAAUGGUUUCUGGUGACACCAGAGUUUUUGAUUCCCAUGUGGAAAAGACUGUUUUGUCAGGUCAUAGAUCUUAAAUGUAGUCACCUUUGAGAUCCUUUCUUCCACAAUCUCACGGAAACUGAGAGUUAAAUUAGCUCAUCUAUUCAGGGUCAGAGACCUAAUUAGCAGCAGAGCCAAGAGAAGAGCCUGGGUCCCCUAAAUCUCAUAGCACAGCAUGGUCACACUUACCUGACACCCACAGUCCUCUCCUCGUUUCCAUCCCUGAACCAUUUACCUUUGUAGCACUAGAGACCAUUAAAUUCAUCCUUUAAAAAAUAGGGUGAAAUCUUCAUUACAGUUAUGUCAAAAACUGAAUGUUCCAGAUUCCCUUUUAUCCAUGACAGCUGUUUCAAGAUUGAGCUCUUAAUCUGGGCCCUUUGCAGCAUGGAUUUUAUAUUCCCAGGUCAGUGCUUUAGUGCACAGCACAUGAGAAGGCUGGAGGCUGGUCCUCACUCCACCUACCAUUCCAUGGGCCUUUAAUAACUCUCUGUCUCUGGUACUAGGAAUGAUAUCUCAGAGGUCAAAAUCAUGUUCUAAGCAACAAUUCUGAGCAGUAAAAUAAAAGAAUUAUGAUUUGUAGAGUA